AUGACAGACCUCUGUAGACAGAAUGUUCCAGGUACAAUGACAGUCUUCUGUGGACAGAAUGUUCUAGUUACAAUGACAGACCUCUGUAGACAGAAUGUUCCAGGUACAAUGACAGUCUUCUGUGGACAGAAUGUUCUAGUUACAAUGACAGACCUCUGUGGACAGAAUGUUCUAGGUACAAUGACAGACCUCUGUAGACAUAAUGUUCCAGGUACAAUGACAGACCUCUGUGGACAGAAUGUUCCAGGUACAAUGACAGACCUCUGUAGGCAGAAUGUUCCAGGUACAAUGACAGUCUUCUGUGGACAGAAUGUUCUAGUUACAAUGACAGACCUCUGUAGACAGAAUAUUCCAGGUACAAUGACAGUCUUCUGUGGACAGAAUGUUCUAGGUACAAUGACAGACCUCUGUAGACAUAAUGUUCCAGGUACAAUGACAGACCUCUGUAUACAGAAUGUUCCAGGUACAAUGACAGUCUUCUGUGGACAGAAUGUUCUAGGUACAAUGACAGACCUCUGUGGACAGAAUGUUCUAGGUACAAUGACAGUCUUCUGUGGGUAG